UCCGGUUCUUCAACUGAUACACAAACAUGGUAACGGUAGAGAUGGCUGGUCUCUUCUCUUUUCUGUCUGUCAGACGCUAACGUUACCGAGCCUAAGCGAUGUGUUUAAUCCAUCGGAAGAACAGUUCACCGUAUUGAAGCUGACUAACCGGACACUAUGGAGGAGCCGUGGGACUUUGAGUUCUUGUCCCGCAUCGCUGACAGCUGCUUGUCCUUCCUCUCUGAGUUUGUUGACGACUGGCUCGCCAACGACAUGAGAGUCUCCAUAUUCAAGAUCCUGCUCAGCUGGUUGAUCUUUAGUCUGAUCGCUAUUCACUUUGCAUGGAAAGUCUACGGGAACACAGUCAACGACAUGUACUAUCGACAAGGGACUGGACAGAACGGAGGCACACCUGAUACAGCUCCUCACCUGAGUGGAUGGGAAAGCAAAGCGGGAGAAACCCCAAAGACUCAUCGAGAUUAACAGGACCAUGGUGUUGGACUUUAUCCUCCUGUGAUGAGACAUUGAAUGCACCCUCAAGUUUUGCUGAUAAUAAUAAAGCAUCUUCAGUGCAUUCAAGAUCGAUGCACCUUCUGACAAACUGCCCGGAGAAACAUCAGUUAUGCAUACAAACAGUGUCACACUGAUAUCCACUACAUCAACUACAUAGUGCUGCUGUGACAUUUUUAUUUUGGCUUAUUGUCAACAUUAAUCUGUUUGGCUGGUCAAUGGUCAACUUUUUUCAAGAGGCUUCAGUACUUAUGUGACAAAUGUUGAUGAGCAAAUUAAGGGUGCUUUUACUGUAUAAUACUGUGAUGAUAGCAGACUAAGUGCAGAUAUACAAUUUUCCAUUCUGACCAUGAGCAAAAUAACUGGACUUGAUAUGAAUGAUGUAUGGAAGGAACAAUAGACAGUAUUUUUUUUGAAGUGUGUUGGAAUACAGAUCCACGAAAAACAGUUCA